AUGUCCUCCUCCUCCUCUUCUUCUUCUCCGGCACCGCUGCCGUUCUCUAUCACUUCAGAACUCAAAGCCCUCAAACACGAGAAGCGGAAUCAAAAUCUCCGUCUCCUCCCUCCCAAUGCAACCAUUCAACGUCGGCCGUUGAAUCACGCGCCCAUCGCUGAUGCACGCGCCUCGGGGGGCGUAAACGGGGCUCCGAAGGUGGUCUACGUCUCGUCUCGCACGCCCGUGGUCGCGGCUGUCAAGCGCGUCAAGAAAUACCUAGUGCAGAUCGAAAGGCGCGCACUUCAGCAUGCCGCUGGGGGAGGCAGUGUGACGAAAAACCAUGGACGCGGACCACCGGCCAAGGCAGUCGAGCUGGCGAAUGACGCAUUGGCAAGGGACAAAGAGGAGGUGUUAGUCAAGGCUAGUGGGCGGGCAAUGGCACAGGCGUUGCGGGUGGGCGAGUGGUUUCGAAACAAGGAGAACGACCUGCUUUGUCAGGUAGAGGUGAGGGCUGGGAGUGUCAGCACCGUGGACGACAUUCUACAGAUCGACUUGGAGGAGAAGGACGAGGAUGAUAACGACAGUCGCGGUGAGAAAAGCGAGGACGAGAAUGGAGGAGGGCACGAAGAGGAAGAGUCCUCAAAAUUACAAUGCAGUGAUACAACCCUGGAGUUAUUAGGAGGUGUUGAUGUGGAUACAAUGAGUUCCGGCGAGAAAAAAAACCAGGCCACGAUGGAUGAAGCCGAACUAGGAAUAUCUAGAGAGAACAGUGGAAAUGAUGUCAACAUGGACGGCUCGUUGUCAAAGCCAAGCCGACGGAAGAGGAAGAAGCGAAAAAGACCAAUGUAUGAGGCCCAGGAUCUCCCCGAGGCACGAAUCAGGUGGAUCAAGACCGUCGAAGUUGCAAUAUCUUUGCGAACUUGA